AGGCCGAGUAUUACUGUGUAUGGUACUCAAUAUGGGCCUUCCAGGUUUGUGAACUCAAAGUAGUAGUGCACCGCAAGUCAUGAGGACCCGUAUCUUAUCACUGACCUGACCAUCGGUGGAUUCAUGGUGUCAUAACCAACAUCGGUCUCGAAGCUUAUCAGUAAGGAUGCGGGGUAUUCGACCGUCGGGACUAGCGGAAGCGCGAAGGGGAAAAAAAAUCAUUUUUCCUAUUCUCAGGGACUACCUACUAGGGACUACCUAUCUAGUUUCCCAGGGCGUUCUCGAGAAAUGGGUUUAUAUCUCAUCUGAUCCCCAGUAUCCAUCGUACUCAUCCAGUUACACAAGCCCAGUUAUCGAUAGGGCUGUCUUGGCCCUUGAAUUGAGCUGCCACGAUGCAUCUCGUACCGAAGGAGAUCGACAAGAUCACCAUCUCAGAACUGGGCUUCCUUGCUCAGCGGCGACUGGCCCGCGGAGUGCGAUUAAAUCAUGUCGAAGCCACGGCCCUCAUCGCUUCCAACCUCCAGGAGCUGAUCCGCGAUGGCAACCACACCGUCGCCGAUCUCAUGUCACUCGGAAGCACCAUGCUGGGACGCCGCCACGUCCUGCCCGAGGUCUGCUCAACGCUGCACGACAUCCAAGUCGAGGGCACCUUUCCCGCAGGCACCUUCCUGGUGACGGUGCAGAACCCCAUCGCCACCGACGACGGCGACCUCGCGCGCGCCCUCUACGGCAGCUUCAUCCCCGUGCCCGAGAACGCCGAGGCGCUGUUCCCCAAGUACGCCGACGAGGAGUACGCCUACGAGAAGCAGCCCGGCGCCGUCGUGGUUGUCAAGGACUCGGUCAUCAAGCUCAACGAGGGCAAGAAGCGCAUCAAGCUCCAGGUCACGAGCAAGGGCGACCGCCCCAUCCAGGUCGGGAGCCACUACCACUUCAUCGAGGUCAACCCGUGCCUCGAAUUUGACCGCCUACGGUCGUACGGGUACCGCCUGGACCAGGCGUCGGGCAGCUCCAUCCGCUUCGAGCCGGGGGACACCAAGACGGUGACGUUGGUGGAGAUUGGCGGGCUGAAGGUCAUCAGGGGUGGGAACGCGAUCGCGUCCGGGCGGGUGGACUUUGGGAGGCUCAAGGAGAUUCAGGACAAGCUGGCCGAGGCUGGGUUCGCCCACGUGCCCGACCCGGCGGGGGAUAUGGCUCUAAGGUCCGACGCCGGUGACAUGGUCCAUAGGAUCGAGGGCGCCACCAUCGAUAGGAAUACGUAUGCGACCAUGUUUGGGCCCACGACCGGGGACUUGGUGAGGCUGGGGAAGACGGACCUGUGGAUCAAGGUCGAGAAGGACUUCACUGUCUACGGGGACGAGUGUAAGUUCGGUGGUGGUAAGACGCUGCGUGACGGUAUGGGCGCCGCGACGGGGCGCACGAGCGCCGAGAGCCUGGAUCUGGUAGUGACUAACGCGCUCAUCGUCGACUGGACCGGUAUCUUCAAGGCUGAUAUCGGUGUCAAGGACGGGUAUAUUGUGAACAUUGGCAAGGCAGGGAAUCCCGAUGUCAUGAGCGGCGUGACGCCCGGUAUGAUCGUGGGCAGCUGUACCGAUGUGAUUGCCGGCGAAGGUAAGAUCGUCACGGCCGGCGGCAUUGAUAGUCACAUCCACUUCAUCUGCCCGCAACAGGCUGACGAGUCUAUCGCGUCGGGCGUCACUACCAUGGUGGGUGGUGGCACGGGGCCAAGUGCCAACACCUCCGCUACCACUUGCACCCCUGGGCCAUAUUUCAUCCGCGAAAUCCUCCGCGGCGCCGACAGGCUGCCGGUGAACAUCGGCAUCACGGCCAAGGGCAACGACAGCGACACCGUUGCCCUCAAGGAGAUGGUCAAGGCGGGCGCCUGCGGUCUCAAGCUGCACGAAGACUGGGGCUGCCACCCGGCGGCCAUCGACACCUGCCUCACUGUGUGCGACGAGCUCGACGUGCAGUGCAUGAUCCACACGGACACGCUCAACGAGUCGGGCUACGUCGAGCAGACCCUGAAGGCCGUCGACGGCCGCACUCUCCACGCCUACCACACCGAGGGUGCCGGUGGCGGGCACGCGCCCGACAUCAUCCGGAUCGCCGAGUACCCCAACAUCCUGCCCUCGUCCACAAACCCGACCCGCCCCUACACGCGCAACACGCUCGAGGAGCAUCUGGACAUGUUGAUGGUCUGCCACCACCUGACCAAGGACAUCCCCGAGGAUGUGGCCUUCGCCGAGAGCCGCAUCCGCUCCGAGACCAUCGCGGCCGAGGACGUGCUGCACGACCUGGGCGCCAUCAGCAUGAUGAGCAGCGACAGCCAGGCCAUGGGCCGCUGCGGGGAGGUCAUCCUGCGGACGUGGCACACGGCGCACAAGAACAAGGUCCAGCGCGGCCCGCUGCCCGAGGACGAGGGCACGGGGGCCGACAACUUCCGCGUCAAGCGCUACGUCAGCAAGUACACCAUCAACCCGGCCAUCGCCCAGGGCAUGUCGCACAUGAUCGGGAGCAUCGAGAAGAACAAGCUGGCCGACUUUGUCCUGUGGGACCCGGCGUGGUUCGGCACCAAGCCGACGUCCGUCGUCAAGUGCGGCAUGAUCGCCUACGCGCGGAUGGGCGACGCCAACGCCUCGAUCCCCUCCAUCCAGCCCAUGAUCAUGCGGCCCAUGUUCGCGCCCUCCAUCCCGCAGACGAGCGUGGCCUUCGUGUCGCAGGCGGGCAUCGACAGCGGCGUCGUCGGCACCUACGGCCUCAAGAAGCGCAUCGUCCCCGUCCGCGGCUGCCGCGGCGUCGGCAAGCGCGACCUCAAGUUCAACGACGCCACCCCGCGCAUGUCCGUCGACCCGGAGAGCUAUGUUGUCAUGGCGGAUGGGGUGGUGAUGGAUUCGGAGCCGAUGGGCAUGCUGCCGUUGGCGCAGACGGCGUAUUUUUAUUGAGUGGUUGAAGAGUGGGGGGUUGGUGAGUGGUGAGUGGUUGGUGGAGCAGAGGCGGUGAUGGUGAUGGUAGUGGUGGUUGCUUGAGUAAGUCGAUCGGUUAAGGGGGGGGGCGGUUUGUUGUUGUCGUUGGGGAAGGCGUAGUGUGUGGAGGUCUCUAUUUGUAAUGUCUGGUUAUUCUUCUUUAUUCUUUGGUGUAUGUGUGUUGUGGAGUAUAGCGUUUUCGUAGUAAUAUAUACUUGCUUUGAUGCGGUG